GCCCGGCAGCCGCCUGAGUCACCUCUGGUUGUAGCCAGGAUGACACAGCUUCCUCGGACUGCAAACGCAAGGUGACCAGACGUCCUCCAAGCGGGGCAGACAGUCAUGUCUUGCCGGAGGGCGGCCAGCCAGUGCCAGCCUGCAGGCUGGGCGUGGGCUGGGCUGGUGGGGUGCCGGGCGAGGCCUUCAGCAGGGUCUGGAGGUGGGCGGGCCAGUGCAGAGCCCUCCCGGUCCCCGGCCAUGUGUCUGUGGGGAGAAGUGAACCGUGCGUGUUUGACAGGUGCUUGCUGUGUGGCCAGCCAGAGGCUCUCCGGGCCCUGGCUCGCCCCGGAGAAGGCCCCCAGCCCCAGAGCAGAGGCCGCCACAUCACCAGGGCUUCUGGCUUUGGGGAGGACUCGCUCCUCCUCCCCGUCCCUCUCCCCAGAGCUGACGCCCUCGAGGCCUGGGAAUGGAAGGGACCCUCCGGCUGCCUGUCUAGGGCUGAGUGGGGCAGGCCGGGACAGAGGUGGUGUUUCGAGAGCCCAUCCUGCUGGGCAUCGGGGAACCGGCUUCUCCUGCCGGCAGGCACGGCGUGCGGUCUAGGCCAGAGUCGGAAAAUCUCCCGCCUCCUCUGCUCCUGGGUGAUCGGACCUCAGGCUGUGCCGGUGGGUCCUCGCCCCGAUGGCCGCCUGGCUUCCCUGGUGGAGAAAAUGCCCAUCCCCGGGCCCUGAACCCUGACCCAGCCCGGCGAGGCCUGAGGACACUGGGGACGGCCAGGGCAGUGAGUCGGCCCCGGAGCUCAGGCCUCAGUCGCAGCCUCGGCAAGCGCCUGGCGGGGCCGAGAUCCGGCCCCGGCGCACCUGCCUUCUGGAAGGGCUACCUGCCCUGCCCGUUCCCUCUGGGCCGGAAGGGGAGGGAUGCUCUGGUUCCCAACUUCAUUCCAAACUCUGCAGCCACCUCUGCCCGGCUUGUCUCUCCCUAGAGCAGAAGUGCAGAAGUGACAGGUCCCACGUUCUCCCCGCUCAGAUGGACACCAGAACCAAGUGUCUGGCUUUGGGUUGGAAACCAGCCUCUUGGGUCAGGUAGAUGGUUCCAGGCUACCAGUGCUGAGUCCAAGCUCUCUGGACCAGCAGCUCCUUCAGGGCCAGGGCAGAGGGCUGAGGGGGAGGGCAAACCCCCUGUCCAGGCCCCAGCCUGGUGCUGGCCACCAGCUUCUCAGGGGACACCCACCCCUGCCCAGGGACUGCGGCUCAGCUGAGCAGGUGGCCCUGGCUCUCUCUGUCUGUGGCAUCGCUGGGUUCUGUUGGUCGACAGCUGGGUGAGACGCCUCCCCUCCCCUGCCCAGUGUCCCCGCGUGGAGCUGUUAGAACGGCGUCUGGGGGCCUAACCAGCCACUGAUGCAGCGGGAGGGAAAGCCGCUGCCUGGGGCGCUCGUGCAGCCCGUGGGCGCUCCCGCCCAGCCAGACCGUGCCAGGCUGCAGUCUCGAGCCCCACCUGGUUCCGGACGAGUCUCAGAAAGCAGUGGUUCCCGUGUGAGUGCUGCUGGCCCAUGCGCGUGCGUGACGUCCCGUGGUUUACAGGCCCUUUGGGGGCAGUUGUUUCAAAAUCAUUUGUUUUACAAGCUCUUCCUCGGCCUCCAAACGUCUUCUCUGAACCUCUUUCCAAAAGCAAGCCAUCAUUUUCCGAAGGCUUGGAGCGAUGUGGCGUCAACGGCGGGUGUGUUUUAGGUAGAGGCAGUGCCGCCCAUGCAUGUGCUGAGGUCCCCGCAGGCUCUUGGCCCCUGGACGGGCAGCCCUGGUGGCGGCUCGAGCCCUGGGGCAGGCACCAGGCCCAGAGGACAGCCGCCUCUUCCAGUGGUUGGCUUCCCCGUGGAGCAGGUCCCCCGGGGGCCGGGGGACCGUGUGGAUGAGCAGGGCGGGUCCUGCCCACCGUCCCCGGCUCGCUGGGUCCUGGCAGGGGGGUGUGGCAGGGGUCCUGGUACAGGCCCUCAGUGCUGGGCGUUGAGAGCGGAGCCCUGGGUCCCAGGGUCCUUCCUGGCGUCACCGGCUUGGCCCAGCCGGGGGCCUUUGGCACUGGCGUCACCAAUCCCGGAGGUUUGCAGAUGAGCGCCUCGGGAUCUGAUCCGAGAGAGCCUCCGUCAUCCCUCCCCAGCUUCGGCUCGAGAAGCCGGUAACCGUCCCUCAGCCCUGCGUUUCCAGGCGUUGGUUCCUUUGUCCCUGCGCUGUGGGCAGGACAGGAGGGCUGAGAACUAGGGAGCUCCCUGAGUCAGACCCCAGUCAGACCGCGGCUGGGCCGCUCUCUCCGUCUGCUGAGGCUCCUUGCCUGCGGUCCUGGGCUUGGUGGGCUCAGAGCCGGCAAAGGUGACCUGAGGAUCUGCCCCGGGGGCCCUUGACCUUGUGGACGAGGGCACCUGACCCAUGUGGGCCUGCCCUGAGGGGAGGGGGCUGAGCCCACCCGGUGCCGAGGCCCAGUCCUGAGCGCCUCCUGGGGGCCCGGGGGUCCCUCCCACCACGUCAUAGUGCGUAGGUCCCCAGGGGAGGCGUCCCCGCCCUGGCCGUGCUCCGGGGGCGCGGGGUCCCGGGAGGGUCCGCUCCGGGUGGAGUGGAGGCCCCGCCCUUGCCCUUCCUUUCCCACCGGGUGGGAGCUGGUCCGGGUGGGUGGGCGGGGCCUGGGCUGUGGGAAUGUCAGCCCAGCUCUGUAAACAGCGGGUGACUCACCGCCCAGCUAUGCCCCGGCCCGCUGGGAGAGCUGCAAUGAUAGCAGCCCCUCCGCUCUCAGACUGUCCCCAGCCCGGGCUUCUCCGGCCCAGUGGUGACCUCGGCCCCCGGGAGCAGGGUGGUCUGUGGGGCGCUCACUGGGCCCACAGAUGCCAGGGUGAAGUCACCAUCAGGAAGCGCUCACCUCCCUGCCAGGACCCCCAAGUGGCCGUGUGUCCAUCUCCAGCCCACCUGGAGCCUCGAGGAGGGCAGAGGGGCCUGGAGGUGCCAGGGCCGCACCAGCCCUGCUGCUGUUCUGCUCUCCCUCCACCGCAUCCGGAGAGCAGCCGUGUUGCCGGGGACCACCGGGAGCCCCCUGGCCCGGGUGCUGAGCCCCUCUGGUGGUGAAGGGGGGGCAGCUGUCGGAGGCAGGGCCAGUGGUGGCGGGUCCGGACAGUGCUCCGUCGAGUCCUGGGGCUGCAGGCCGAGUUACCAUUUCCACACGGUUCUGUCCGGGUGACGGUGCCCAGGUUAUGACGACUAAUCCCAAACCGAACAAGGCAUUGAAGGUCAAGAAGGAGGUGGGCGAGAACGCCCCGGUGCUCAGCGACGAUGAGCUGGUAUCCAUGUCGGUGCGGGAGCUGAACCAGCACCUGCGCGGCCUGUCCAAGGAGGAGGUGGUCCGCCUGAAGCAGCGCCGCCGCACGCUCAAGAACCGCGGCUACGCAGCCAGCUGCCGCAUCAAGCGCGUGACGCAGAAGGAGGAGCUGGAGCGGCAGCGGGUGGAGCUGCAGCAGGAGGUGGAGAAGCUGGCCCGCGAGAACAGCAGCAUGAAGCUGGAGCUGGACGCCCUGCGCUCCAAGUACGAGGCCCUGCAGACCUUUGCCCGCACGGUGGCCCGAGGCCCCAUCACGCCCACCAAGGUGGCCACCACCAGCGUCAUCACCAUCGUCAAGUCCGCCGAGAUCUCCUCCACCUCCGUGCCCUUCUCCGCCGCCUCCUAGUGCCCGGCCUGGGGGGGGCGCGGGCGGGCAGGCGGGCGGGGCGCGUCCCUCGAGCUGGUCGGAGGUCCAGACCCCUCGGUACCGCGUCCGGUCCAGGAGGCCCCGCAGGGCCCUGGCUGUGGCCGGGGAAGAGCCGGUUCCCGAGAGCCCGUGUGCCGCACGCCUUCUCACGCGCACGCCCGCACCCGGCCUUCCUGGGCCCUGCUGGUGCUCUGCAGACAUUUCUGGGGGCACUUCUGGGGGGUUCUGUCUUGCGCUGGAGGAGUUGGGAUGUGUGGAGGGAAGGUCCUCCGACGCUCCCAGGCCCCCGUGUCUUCCACCCCCACCCCGAGCAGCCUGUCCACGCCCCGCAGCGCUUCGGGCCCCCUUGCGGCGCCCCUGCCGGGGCAGGACCCCGUCCCUGCCCCGACGGCUCUGCGGUGCCCUGAGAGGAGCCGAGCACCGUGGGGUCCCGAUGCACCAGGAGCCUGCUUCAGCCUCAGCCCCAGGCCGGUGCCCCGAGAAGCUGGUGGGGGAAGGGCGGCGUGCGUGUGCAGGCGUGUGCGUGUCUGUACACGCGUGUGCCUGUCCUCCCGCCAGGGCACUAGCGGCUCAGGGGGCUUCGGGAAGCAGCUCCUUGUGGGCAGUCACCUGGUCCCGUGGCGAAUGCGGGCAGGGUCGUGCGAGCCUUGGGUUCCUCCUCCGCGGCAGGGGCCGCAGGGGGGGUCUCUGGACGGGGGCAGCCGCCAGGCCGGGGGAGGCGGAGCCCCGGGGCGGGGAGGCGGGAGGGGAGCAUGUUGUGUGCGGAGCAGGCCCUGGAGCUGGGCAGGCGUGGCUGCCCCGGCUCCUGCAGCUGGAGGACCCGGAGAGCAGGGAGAUGGGUGGGGACGGAGGGCAAGGAGGGUUGAUGGUGGGGGGAGGUGCUGAUGCAGGAGGCGGGCCAGGAGGGUGGCAAGAGCCUGCCUCCGGGAGCCCGCGGGCGGCGUGUUGGCGGAGGACUCGGGACCCUGCGACCUUGGUGCUUAAUCAUUGCCUGGAACCUUCGCCUGCUCUUUCUUUCUGGCGCUCGGAGCCACGGGUGGCCUAGGUGGCCUUUGCUGGGGCUUCCCUUCCCUGAGAGCUGCUGCAGGGGCUGCCUUGGGGCCAGCCAUGGCCCCCCCACCCCACCCCCCGUCCCGCCUCUCCUGGGAGGCCCUGGGGCCGGGGCUGGGCUGCUAGCCGCCAACCCCACCACAGGCCGGGCGGGCGGGCGCGCUGGGCUCCGGCCCCGCCUUGCUCCUGGCUUGCCUCCUGGGGGCCGGCCAGUCAGGCCCCCACGCUGCAGAGCCCCGGAGGGGGAGGAGCGGCGGCGGACAGAGAGCCCCGAGGGCUGCGGACAGACUGCGUCCGUCUGGGGGAAGGCCCGGGUCGGGGGCGUGCUGGGGCCUCGCGGCCGAAGCCGGUGUGUCAGCCAGCCGCCGAUGCCAGAGCCGCGGUAGGUAAUCCACAUUGGAUGUCGAUAAGGACCACGGGAGUAUUUAAGAGAGAGAAAAGUAUAUAUAUAUAAAACUAUAUGCACAUUUUAUCGUACAGAUUUUCAUAACUUUUCUUCCUGUUUGAUACUGUAAAUCUCUAUUAGAGCAGAGCUGCCUGGGCCUGGGGGUGGCUGCAGUGGGGUUGGCUGCUCGCCACCUGCUUCCCUCGGGCCUCAGCCCUGCCAGGUGCCCCACCGGGCACCCCCGCCCCGCAGCCCCCACCACCGCUCCCUGGGACCAGCCGGGGAGACCAGCGUGACCCCUUCUUCUCCCUCCAGAGCAUCGAAAUUUCAUUGUCACAGUUUUAAUAUAUGGGUUUUUUUAUUUAAGAAAACAGGCAAGGCCCCUGGUCGGGGGUGGGGGUGCUGGUUUCCUGCCCCCCCCCCCCAUGAUGCUUCAGGCGCUCCCUCCCUGGCAACAGGCCCUCAUGUGAGCUCCGCACCAGUUCCUGCCCCUCUGGCCACGCAGCAGUUCCAUUUCAAUAUUUAUUUUUGUGCUGCUUUUAUCGUGAUAUAAAUUAUUGAGAAGAGACCUACGUCGUGGCCCUGUCCGUGCGACGCGUGGCCCGCGCCCGCCGCUCCCCUCGGCCACACCUAAUUUAUUGCUGUACAUCUCUCUGCUGUGAUGCUUUUGUACCUUUGCAAUAAAGAGUUUUCUGGUUUCA